CGGGCUUCGCCGCGCGGCCUGCAGGUCCUCGAAGGGGCGUCUCCGAGCCGACUUGAUUCUCCCUGGAAGCCCCCUGUCCGCCCAGCGGCACCGGCACCGGCACCAUGGCCAAAUCCUGCACCGCCAUCCACGUCAGCAAGGAGUCCCAGGCAAAGAUGGCGCUUUUCAGAGAGUCCCUUUUUAAAGAGGGUGAAGAAUUUCUAGUCGCAUUUUUGCCUAGGAAAAUAUCUCAACUGGAUCAGUUUUUGAGGGAAGAUUCAAUGAACAUCAAAGAUUUGACUUCUCUCCGAGCGCCCUUGGAUAUCCCCAUUCCAGACCCUCCACCCAAAGAGGAUGAGAUGGAGACAGAGAAAGAGGAAAAAGAAGCUCCAAAAUGUGGUUUUCUGAAGGGCAAUGAGACCAUCAUUGGGCUUUUGGAUCGCGUCAAACCCGAAGUCAGGGAGUUCAAAGAGAAAUGCAUCUUGGUCACCACCUGGAUUCAGCACAUGAUUCCCAAGAUCGAGGACGGCAAUGAUUUUGGGGUAGCGGUUCAGGAAAAGGUCUUGGAACGGAUCACAGCCCUGAAGACCAAGGCAGAGGCCUUCCAGACCACCAUUGCGAAGUAUUAUUUGGAGCGUGGGGAUGCUGUAGCCAAAGCGUCCAAGGAGACUCAUGUGAUGGAUUACCGGUGCCUUGUUCAUGAAAAGGAUGAGGCCGUGUAUCGUGAAAUGCAGACCAUUCUGCUGGAUAUCCGUGGCUUCUAUGCUGAGCUGUACCACAUCGUGAGCAAAAACCUGGAGAAAUUAACCAACCCCAAAGGAGAAGAGAAGCCCUCCAUGUAUUGAUGGUACGGGCCUUUUCCGGAGCCAGUGGCCACCAGCGCGGUCAAGCCACCUGCCUUCUUUUGGCUGUUUUGCUGUCCUGGUCGGUGAGGAGACAAGAGGAACAGAGAUACCCCUGAAUAUAUGUGUCACUAUCUGACACGGAGCAAGAAGAAAUAAUAAUAAAAUAAGAGUGCUGAUUUAGCUUCCCCUUGCUUCGCUUUUGCCCUGUUGAUUUGUGCCUUACAAGAGUUCUGUGCCACUGAGUGUAAUUGGACCUAGAAAAAUAAUGCCUGAUUAUCCCUGUUGUAAAGUUUUUGAUAACCUCUUUAAAAAAGAUGCUCUGAUACUAAAACUACUGCACAGUCCAUAGCUGAAUGGGCCUUUCAUGGAAAUCAACAGUCUGACCUAUUCCAUCAGGUGUUUAGUCUAAAGAAUUGCACACUCUCCCAAGGAACUCAGUAGCUGAUGUUUGAAACAAGAUGAUUUUAAUUCUUGUGUGCUGAAUUGCUCUACAAAUGGAGGUUGUGCCAUUUGAAUUCUUGUGAUGCUUUUUAAAACAUGCUAGUUAACAACAA